UCCACACCUCCCUCUUUCUCUCACCGCCGCGCGGCCCAACGAUUUUAUUGAUCCGGACCGGUGCCGACACGGCCUCGGCCUGCUAUAUAACCGACGGCGAGCCAGAUCUCUUCCCAAGGAGUGGUGGGAAAUAGGAAACGCCGCCUUUUCUUUCUUCCUUCUCCUCCUCCCUGUUCGAUCUGGUGACUGUUGUUCCUGGAUCGAUCGAGGAGAAGAGAAAUGGCGGGCAAGGAAUCUUCAUCUUCGUCGAUCCCCAACACGCCGUUGCUGAAGGACGAGCUGGACAUCGUGAUCCCGACGAUUCGGAACCUGGACUUCCUGGAGAUGUGGCGGCCCUUCUUCCAGGCCUACCACCUGAUCAUCGUGCAGGACGGGGAUCCGAGCAAGACGAUCAAGGUGCCGGAAGGGUUCGACUACGAGCUCUACAACCGCAACGACAUCAACCGCAUCCUCGGCCCCAAGGCCUCCUGUAUCUCCUUCAAGGACUCCGCCUGCCGAUGCUUCGGCUACAUGGUCUCUAAGAAGAAGUACAUCUACACCAUCGACGACGACUGCUUCGUUGCUAAAGAUCCCUCAGGCAAGGAGAUUAAUGCACUUGAACAGCACAUUAAGAAUCUCCUGACCCCAUCAACUCCCUACUUCUUCAACACUUUGUAUGAUCCUUACCGAGAAGGCGCAGACUUUGUUCGUGGAUAUCCCUUCAGCCUACGUGAAGGUGCUCAAACAGCUGUUUCUCAUGGCCUGUGGCUGAACAUUCCUGAUUACGAUGCUCCGACGCAGCUUGUCAAGCCUCGUGAGAGGAACACUAGGUAUGUUGAUGCAAUUCUCACGAUACCCAAGGGAACCUUGUUUCCUAUGUGUGGAAUGAAUCUGGCUUUCGACCGUGAGCUCAUUGGUCCUGCAAUGUACUUUGGACUUAUGGGUGAUGGCCAGCCUAUCGGGCGUUACGAUGAUAUGUGGGCUGGAUGGUGUACCAAGGUGAUCUGUGAUCAUUUGGGACUUGGAGUCAAGACUGGCUUACCCUAUAUCUGGCACAGCAAAGCUAGCAACCCAUUUGUGAAUUUGAAAAAGGAGUACAACGGCAUCUUCUGGCAAGAAGAGUUGAUCCCCUUCUUCCAAUCGGUUGUACUCUCAAAGGAUUGCAGCACUGUGCAAAAAUGCUAUGUUGAAAUGUCCAAGCAGGUGAGAGAAAAGCUGGGGAAGAUUGACCCUUAUUUCAACAAGCUUGCAGAUGCUAUGGUUACAUGGAUUGAGGCUUGGGAUGAGCUCAACCCAUCAGCCAAGGGGUGAUAAGAGUAGCCAACAUAAUCAUAUCAAUUGCUGUCUCAGUAGUGUUUUCGAUUUAUGCUUUCUAGAUGUAACUCCUAUUUAUACUUUUGCUAAAUUUUGGGCUUUCAUGUGAAGCUUGGAUAUCUUUGCAGUUCCAUGAUUCGGAUCCUUUUUAAACCUGAGUUGAUACUAAAGACAUUUAUUUUUGGAAGUCUGUACUUCUCCACUUGGAUGGUUCUCAAUGCUUUUUUGGUUCCUUUUGGGAAAAUGUUAUGAUGAAGUUUAUUUCA